CACCGUACAUGGGCGGCGCAUAUGACUUCCGCCAGUUCCUUGGUGCCCAUUCGGAUGCUCCCACCUUUUAGCUGUCGUCCUCAGGAAGCCGGCCCCGGGGAGGCAGGCGGCAUGGCUAGCUCAGCCCGGGAGCAUCUGCUGUUUGUGCGGCGUCGGAACCCCCAGAUGCGGUAUACGCUGAGCCCCGAGAACCUGCAGAGUCUGGCUGCUCAGGGCUCGCUGCCCGAGAACAUGACCCUGCCGCGCGCCAACAGCGACACGGACCUGGUGACUUCCGAGAGCCGCUCCAGCCUGACGGCCAGCAUGUACGAGUACACACUGGGUCAAGCCCAGAACCUCAUCAUCUUCUGGGACAUCAAGGAGGAGGUGGACCCCAGCGACUGGAUCGGGCUGUAUCAUAUCGAUGAGAAUUCUCCAGCCAACUUCUGGGAUUCUAAAAACAGGGGCGUGACGGGAACACAAAAAGGACAGAUUGUGUGGCGAAUCGAGCCUGGACCCUACUUCAUGGAACCGGAGAUAAAAAUCUGCUUUAAAUACUACCACGGCAUCAGCGGAGCCCUGCGGGCCACCACGCCCUGCAUCACGGUGAAGAACCCGGCUGUGAUGAUGGGGGCAGAAGGCAUGGAGGGUGGCGUGUCAGGAAACCUGCAUUCCCGGAAGCUGGUCAGCUUCACGCUGUCAGAUCUUAGGGCAGUUGGGCUAAAGAAAGGAAUGUUCUUCAAUCCUGACCCUUACCUUAAGAUGUCCAUCCAGCCGGGGAAGAAGAGCAGUUUCCCCACCUGCGCCCACCACGGGCAGGAGAGAAGGUCAACGAUCAUCAGCAAUACCACAAACCCCAUCUGGCACCGAGAGAAAUACUCCUUUUUUGCACUCCUGACUGAUGUCUUGGAAAUUGAAAUUAAAGACAAAUUUGCCAAGAGCCGCCCCAUCAUCAAGCGCUUCCUGGGGAAGCUGACCAUUCCGGUGCAGAGGCUGCUGGAGCGCCAGGCCAUCGGAGACCAGAUGCUCAGCUACAACCUGGGCAGGAGGCUCCCGGCCGACCACGUGAGCGGGUACCUGCAGUUUAAGGUCGAAGUCACGUCCUCCGUGCAUGAGGACGCGUCUCCGGAGGCCGUGGGCACCAUCCUGGCAGUCGCCACCGUGAACGGGGACCUGGGAAGCCCGUCGGAUGAUGAGGACGUGCCCGGGGGUUCUCAAGCCAACGGCCACCCGCCCCUGCGGUCCCUGCCGUCAGUGCGCCAGGACGUCAGCCGGUACCAGAGGGUGGACGAGGCCCUCCCGCCAAACUGGGAGGCGCGCAUUGACAGCCAUGGCAGGAUCUUCUACGUGGACCACGUGAACAGGACCACGACAUGGCAGCGGCCCACAGCCCCGCCGGCCCCACAGGUGCUGCAGCGCUCCAACUCCAUCCAGCAGAUGGAGCAGCUGAACCGGCGUUACCAGAGCAUCCGCAGAACCAUGACCAACGAGAGGCCAGAGGAGAAUACCAGCACCGUGGACGGGGCCGGGGAGGAAGCUGACUUUCACCAGGCCAGUGCAGCGUGGAGCCCAGGCAGCGGGGCCUCCGAGCCCUGUGCUCUGCCCGCAGACUUCCGCAGGGACAGCGUCCUGCCGCACUCCACCUCCAGAUCCAGGCUCACGUUGCUGUUGCAGUCGCCCCCCGUGAAGUUCCUCAUCAGCCCAGAGUUCUUCACCGUGCUGCAUUCUAACCCCAGUGCCUACCGCAUGUUUACAAACAACACGUGUUUGAAGCACAUGAUCACCAAAGUCCGUCGGGACACGCACCACUUCGAACGCUACCAGCAUAACCGGGACCUUGUGGGCUUCCUCAACAUGUUUGCCAACAAGCAGCUGGACCUGCCGAGGGGCUGGGAGAUGAAACACGAUCAUCAGGGCAAGGCGUUUUUUGUGGACCACAACUCCCGAACCACCACGUUCAUCGACCCACGGCUCCCGCUGCAGAGCAGCAGGCCCACGAGUGCGCUGGCCCACCGGCAGCACCUGACCAGGCAGCGCAGCCACAGCGCAGGGGAGGUGGGAGAGGACUCCCGGCAUGCAGGGCCACCCGUCCUUCCCAGGCCAUCCAGCACGUUCAACACUGUCAGCAGGCCGCAGUACCAGGACAUGGUGCCAGUGGCUUACAAUGACAAGAUUGUUGCAUUUCUGCGCCAACCCAACAUCUUUGAAAUUCUUCAGGAGCGGCAACCUGAUCUCACCAGGAAUCACUCACUCAGGGAGAAGAUCCAAUUUAUCAGAACGGAAGGGACCCCAGGAUUGGUGCGCCUCUCGAGUGAUGCAGACCUCGUGAUGCUGCUGAGCUUGUUUGAAGAGGAGAUAAUGUCAUAUGUGCCUCCACACGCCUUACUCCACCCCAGCUACUGUCAGUCCCCGCGCGGCUCCCCAGUGUCCUCACCCCAGAACUCGCCAGGUACUCAGCGUGCCAAUGCCCGGGCUCCGGCCCCUUACAAGCGAGACUUUGAAGCCAAACUAAGGAACUUUUACAGGAAGUUAGAGACUAAAGGAUACGGACAAGGCCCGGGGAAAUUAAAAUUAAUUAUCCGAAGAGAUCAUUUGCUAGAAGAUGCUUUUAAUCAGAUUAUGGGCUACUCCAGAAAAGACCUGCAGAGGAACAAGCUGUAUGUCACCUUCGUUGGAGAGGAAGGGCUGGAUUACAGUGGGCCUUCCAGAGAGUUUUUCUUCCUGGUAUCCAGAGAGCUCUUUAACCCUUACUAUGGCUUAUUUGAAUAUUCAGCCAACGACACAUACACAGUACAGAUAAGCCCCAUGUCUGCUUUUGUAGACAAUCACCAUGAAUGGUUCCGGUUCAGUGGUAGGAUCCUUGGUCUCGCACUAAUACACCAGUAUUUGUUGGAUGCCUUCUUCACACGGCCCUUUUAUAAGGCUCUUCUCAGAAUUCUGUGCGAUCUGAGCGAUCUCGAGUACCUGGACGAGGAGUUCCACCAGAGCCUGCAGUGGAUGAAAGACAAUGACAUCCAUGACGUCCUGGACCUCACGUUCACCGUGAACGAGGAAGUGUUUGGCCAGAUUACUGAACGAGAAUUAAAGCCAGGGGGUGCCAAUAUCCCGGUGACGGAGAAGAACAAGAAGGAGUACAUCGAGAGAAUGGUGAAGUGGCGCAUCGAGAGGGGUGUGGUGCAGCAGACCGAGAGCCUGGUGCGCGGCUUCUACGAGGUAGUGGAUGCCAGGCUAGUCUCUGUGUUUGAUGCAAGAGAACUGGAGCUGGUCAUCGCAGGCACCGCGGAGAUAGACCUGAGUGACUGGAGAAGCAACACAGAAUACAGAGGAGGGUACCACGACAAUCAUAUCGUAAUCCGGUGGUUCUGGGCUGCCGUGGAAAGGUUCAACAAUGAACAGCGACUGCGGUUGUUACAGUUUGUUACGGGCACAUCCAGCAUUCCCUAUGAAGGCUUCGCUUCUCUGCGAGGGAGCAACGGCCCCAGAAGAUUCUGUGUGGAAAAGUGGGGGAAAAUCACGGCUCUUCCCAGAGCUCACACUUGUUUUAACCGCCUGGACCUGCCCCCGUACCCGUCCUUCUCCAUGCUGUACGAGAAGCUUCUGACAGCCGUGGAGGAAACCAGCACCUUCGGACUUGAGUGAGCGUAAGCACAGAGCCCAGCUCUUUGGGGCCUGUGAUUCCGAGGCUGGCCACCAGGAGAGGGACGGAUGGACACACGGAUGUCGGAGCCUCAGAGCAGGUUCUCUCCAGA